AUGGCUUCUAUUACCUCCAUUGUGAAGACUGCUGACUUCAUCUUAUCUAGACCAACUUUGUCUAAGAUCAUCACCCCUAUUGCAAAGACUUUUGUAUCCUACGCUGGUUACAGAGAAAUGGGUUUAAAGUUCAACGAUUUACUCCUUGAAGAAACUCCAAUUAUGCAAAAGGCUAUCUCCAGAUUACCAGCUGAUGAAAGCUAUGCUAGAAAUUACAGAUUCAUAACUGCUCACCAAUUAUCAUUAUCCCAUCAAUUAUUACCAGAGAGUAAAGCAGUAAAGCCAGAAGAAGAUACCAACUACCUUGUCCCAUACAUUUUAGAAGCUGAAAAGGAAGCUUUCGAAAAGGCAGAAUUGGACAGCAUCGUCAUCACUAAAUAG